UAAUCGCAAAUCACCAAAGAUGCUCGCACGCGUACCAGCGGACUUCCUUACCAGCGUGAUGUCGAAUGAUGAAUGAAAGAAGAAAAAGAAUGGAAAAGCGAAACGCGGGCGCUUCGAAGUCCCGGUGAAAAAGGUACUGUUCAUAAUGGAACAAAACCUCUGCUUGACAGUUCCGCGCCUUCUUGGUUUUGGGAUUUCAUAACACGGACCUGCCCGAACAGAUUGUAGCAUGAAGGUCAAUUUUUGGCUCGAUUUUUAAAGACUAAUAUAAGUGCGUUGACUAGUUCUUGGUAUUAACUAUGGCAGAAAAUCAGACAACCGCCAACAGUCAAGGGUUCGAGGUGGAUAUUGACCCUCCACCGGAUAGGUCAUUCAUGCUCUUUGGCCGGGACGUUAGCACGAUACCGUGUUUUCGCAAUAGUUUCCUCUACGGGAUAAGCUUCGGUAUCGGAGUGGGAUUUUUAGCGUUCCUCAAAACGUCUCGUCCUCAACUAUCGACACACAUCGGCUUCGGCACGUUUAUGGCCACGACGUUCGGAUAUUGGUUCCCGUGCCGGUACACCUGGUCGAAGCAGAAGUUCGAUAUGGCGUUAAUGCAAAAAGCCUUGCAGCAGCAAGCGAUAUACGAAGGCACGGAAAAGGAGCGAGAAUUGGAGGCGAAAACGGAAUCUGCGUGAUAAACCAAAUAGUCAAUAAAGUCCAACACAAUACUGGCUGUAGCAUUUACGUGAUCGUCGUUUACAUCG